UCUUUGGCUCUCUGCAAGAAUGCGAGGGAGCCUGCCGAUUUGGCCAGUGACGUCGAAGUCCUUGAAAGGGGGGCGAAGUUUCUUUGGCUCUCUACAAGAAUGAGAGGGAGGUUGCCCGGUUAGCGAGGGAGGUUCUGGAGAAGCUUCGACGUCCAAGUCCUUCAAAGGGGGCGAAGUUUCUCUCAGUAAUGGCUCUCUAUAAGAAUGCGAGGAAGGAAGGCUCUCCAUUUGGCCAUCGAGGUUCUCCAUUUCAUUCAUCUUUUCUAACAUGGCCAAUCCGGCCCCCUGCACAAGGCUUGUAGCCAUCCUUCAUCGUUGAGAAGAGGGAGAGAUUAGGGGGGAGGGAGGAAAAAUCGGUCAAGAGUAGUGAUCGAACAAGAAGAGGUGCCUUGUCUUGUAGCCCUGCCCGCCUGAGAGCUACGUUACGCCCUUGAGCCGACGGAGAGUGAGAAAUGGCAGACUCUGCAGUUGGUUUUCUAGUGAACAAAUUGAAUAAUUUGGUAAUGGAAGAAGUUAUGCUGCUAAGCGGGGUGCUGGACGAAGUAGAAGAGCUCAAAGAGGAGCUAGAAAGCAUGAGGUCCUUCCUCAAAGACGCGGAGAUGAGGAAAGAGAGGGAGGAAGGGGUGAAGACAUGGGUGAAACAAGUCAGAAGCGCCGCGUACCAGGUGGAGGACAUCCUCGACGAUUUCGUGCUCCGAGUUGCAGGGCAACAACAUGGAGUUGCCUUCCUUCGCAGGCUGCUUUGCUGCUUCAAGGGCUUAUCAGCUCGCCAUGUCGUUGCUACACGGAUACAGACCGUCAGGAGGAGAAUCACCCGCAUCUCGCAGCGGAAGGACAUGUACAAUCUCAGGAGUUCUGAAGAGGGAGAGUCGGCAUUCGGCCCUCCUGCUCCCUCAGAUAUGGUCACUCUCAACCAAAUGGACGUGGUGGGAAUGGAGGGGACGAGAAACACUCUCAUGAAAGAGUUGACGGAUGAAGAUGAGGGGCUGAAGCUCAUAACGUUGCACGGCAAGCCCGGCCUCGGCAAGUCCACGCUGGUGAGUCUCGUAUUUGAGAGCCCGGAAGUCGAGGAACGCUUUGAUCGGCGCACCUGGGCCACCGUAUCGCAGUUCCGUAGCAUCAAGGAGCUGAUGAAGACCCUGCUAAAGGGUCUGUUCGACGCCUGGGAUGAGAUGGUUCUCAAGCAGAUGGAGAAGAUGGACGUCAAGCCCCUCCGGACCAUGCUCAAGAAGUACCUUUCCAAUAAAAGGUACCUGAUCGUGUUGCAGGACAUGUCCGACGUCCAGUUCUGGGAACAAAUCAAAGGCCAUCUACCAAACGAAGGCCGCGGAAGCAGGAUAAUUGUCACAACCCGUUCCUCCGAUAUGGUGGACUCCCUCGAAAGUACCGGCAUGAAGUGUUGCCGCCUUGAGAUUGAGCCAUUGGAGGAGAGUUCCUCCAUGCAGCUCUUCUGCCGGAAGGCUUUCCCGAAUCAACCUCAGGAACUGGAAGGUUGCCCACCCGAUGCUCAGUUGGAAGAAGUAUGCCGGAGGAUGGUGAACAGGUGCCGAGGGUGGCCGCUUGCUAUUAUAGCCUUGGGGAUGGCGAUGUCGAAGAAGGAGAGGACCAAGGAGGCUUGGGAAAGGGUGGAGCAGACCAUGAGCGCCAACCCUUCCCUCGAUAGCGUGAGAAGCAUAUUUUCUCUCGUGUACCGCGAACUACCAAUGCACCUCAGGCCCUGCUUCAUGUAUUGCAGUAUAUUCCCGGAAGAUUACUUGUUCAAGCGCAACAGGCUGAUCAGCAUGUGGGUGGCGGAAGGGCUUAUAGAAGGCAGGAGAGGCAUGAACCUUGAGGAGGUGGGAGAGGAAUACCUAAAGGAGCUCGUUCGCUGGGGCGUCUUCGAAGUCGUGGAAGCCAACAAGAGGGAAAGAGUGAAAACCUUUAGGAUCAACACCCUUCUUCAGAGCGUAGUGCUGUCCAUCUCAGAAGAGGAAGACUUUGGCUCGCUCUUGAACGAGCACCACACGGAGGGUCACGAGAAAGUUCGACGCCUGACCAUCCACCGGGCCGACGAGGCAGCCAUUAGGUCGUGCUUGAGAAUGCGCCGUCUCAGAUCCCUUCUUUUCUUUGGCAUGGACUCCAUAAGAAGCACCACCUUGAAAAACAUGUUUGCCAGCUUCCGCAGCCUAAGGGUGUUGGAUCUUCAGGAUGCCCCCAUUACCGGGCUGCCCAAAUCUCUGGUGGACCUAUUUUACUUGAGGUAUCUAAAUCUCCGGCGAACCAGAGUAAAGCGUCUCCCGAGCUCUUUCCACAGGCUCGCCAAUUUACAGACGUUGGACGUGAGGGAAACGGAAAUCAGGACGAUGGCCUCCGGGCUGUCCAAGCUGGAGAACAUGUGCCACCUGUUGAUGUGUCCCUACGUCCAAUUCUUCCCCAUGACCAUCGAUCGCAUCCAAGGGAUCAAGGUGCCUCGCCCGCUUUGCAACCUCCAAAAGCUACAGUCCCUCACCGGCGUCAAUGCUAAUGGCCGCAUCGUGAAGGAGAUCGGGUCCUUGACCCAACUGAAGAAACUCGAAAUCUUCAGGGUGAGAUGGAAACACGGGAAGACGCUCUGCAAGUCUCUCGGAAACUUGAAACGCCUCUCCAGGCUGAGCAUAGUCGCCGUGUCCGAGGACGAGCCCCUGCAAUUGGAGGCCGCGGAUGCGGACGCCUUUAAGCCUCCCCCACUCAUCAAGUCGCUGCAACUGGCAGGGCGGUUGGACGGGCUGCCAGAAUGGAUCAGCCGACUCAGGAGCCUCGCUCACUUGGGGUUGUUCGCCUCUCAGCUGACGAAGCAACCGUUCUCAAACUUCUCGCCGGAAAAAUGUUGUUUCCCAAACCUGACGUCGCUCACUCUGUACGAAGCAUACGUGGGGCAAGAUUUGGAAUUCAAGGAAGGAUUGUUCCCCAAACUCAAGGAACUGCGGCUGGUGAAGUUGACGGCACUGGUGAUUCUGGUGAUGGAGGUGGGCUCGGCUCCAUGCCUCGAGAGGCUUGAGAUCGAAGGGUGCAGCAGCCUGGUGAUGGUGCCGCAGCACAUGGAAGGGUUUUCCAAUCUGAAAGAGUUCGAGUUGUGGAAUGUGCAUAGGUACUUGAUCAACAACAUCAAACGGGAAGUCGAUCAAGGUCGCUUCGGAGAGAAUCGCAAACUCAGCAUCACCCAUCAAUACUCUGUUGAUGGGGAAUGGUGCACUGAAACUCUUCUAUAAAUCCUUUACGAGACCUAUCAGCCAUUUCUUGUGGUCUCCUCAUUCCCUGUGUUCUUGAUUAGUUGGAUUUCUUGAGUUUGAUUGUCGUUUUUAUUUUUCAUGACAGACGAAAAAAACAAAAAGGAAUUUAUAAAUAUUUGUUCAUUUUCUCCGCGAAUUUAUAAAUUUUCAGGACUUUUGUCUGUUUCUUA